AUGAAGCGUUUGGGUACGACUUGCCUUGUGGCGGUCGGGGGCAGUGGCGAUGGGGUUGGGCACGUUUCCAUCGGCGGGGGCUUGGCCUCCUCCUCCGGCGUCCUGCUUCCGAUGUACUCGCCAUUGCGAGAGCAGAAAUGCUUCUUGCGCAACCUCCAUCAGUACCCCCACGCUCGCUAUAAAAGCCUUGUUAAGGAUCGGCGACGAUUCGCACGCAAUUGGUGGUUAACCGGGGGGAAUAAUUACGAACUCGUCAUGGAGGUCGGCCACGAACGGGAAGCGACCGAAAACUUUGGGGUCUAUCGCGACGACAGCAAAAAUGAUGUGUUUCUCUUCUCCACCAACCGUCUCGAAGACCUACCACCGGAGAAACGCCUGAACGCCCUCGUGGGGAUAAUGAAAGAACGCUGGAAGGUGCGGGAUAGUGAUCGUGGCUUUGACAAGGCGAAAUUGCUACUUCAAGCCCUGGAGUGCUUUAGUGAGAUGCGGCUAUUGGGGCAAAUUAAGGUGUUUAAGUCCCUCCCUGAGGCCGAUCAGGAUACCUUUUUACAGUACGUUGAGGGUUGCGUAAAGUUCGCGCAGGCCUGCGCGCACUCACACCCAGACUCCGUGGCAGUGAUGCUGCGCGCGGCGCAAAUCUGCGAUGACAUGCGCUGCGAGGAGAAGCGCGAUGAACUACUGCGCAUGACGGAGCUGGCCGCCCGUCGUAUGGAAAUCAGCUACGCCUUUGCGCGGCCGCGUGAUAACAUUAAACUCGCGCCACCUACAUUAACGGAUUCAUAUUUUUCGUUGAAACUGCGCGAUGUCAAGACGAUGAAGGAACGGUUUAAAAGCUCGCCUUGGGUUCUAGAAAACAAUCCCCGUAUUGGGUAUUUACGCGGUGUUCGCGGCCGGCGAAUUUACUAUACGCCCAUGGAACCGGACGAUCCUAUAACAAAAAUGAUGCAACUGCACUCCGGGAUGAUCAAGGAUUUUUGA